CAACUCAAUAGCGCGCACUAACAGUCAAUCAUGAGUUCAAUCGCCACAGUUCAGAUCCGACAAAGAGGGAGCGUCGACUUUCCUGCUUAUUACGAGAGUCUGUGCGCUUUACAAGAUACUUGUCCUCUUCGUGAAGUGCUCUCUGGUGCUCGUCAAGGCAGAAUAGAGGUGAACGCGGACCGUGUACGUGCACCUGACUGGUAUCCGCUGUUGAAAGCACUACAGAUUAACAAAUCAUUGAAUCACAUUGCAUUCAGACGAUACAGACAUCGACAACCCAGCCCAGAAGAACGUCAGUCGUGGAAUCGAUGUAGGUUUGGAGCUCGUGUUCGCACCCCAGCAAUUGGUCGACGCGACAUGAUGCUGAAGCUAUCCAGGGCUAUUGCCGAUUGUUUGAGUGUCACUACAUCACUAGAGUCUCUAGAACUGGAGGAUAUUUCCUUGCAGUCACCCGAUGUUUCUGUUCUAGCAAAAGGUGUGACAAAGAAUAAGUCUCUUAAGCAUUUUUCAUUGAAAUUUUGUCGAAUUGGAGACAACAAUUUAGAUAUUUUAUGUAAAAGUUUAAAGAAUAUGAAGACAAUCGUGAGUGUUGAUUUCUCUGGUUGCUGUCUAACUGGUAAAGGUGCAAAGACAGUUGCUGAUCUAAUUCAGCAUCAAGCUACAGAAAGAGACAGUGAAGCUUGGAAAGAGAGUCUUCGUCAUCGUCAACCUGAUUUGGAAUCAAUGAGUGGACUCAAACGUGUUACACUCUGUUCUAAUCCUUUGCUUGGAGACAAGGGAGCCGUUGCUUUGUCAGAGACACUAAAGGAUGACUUAUGGCUAAAAGCUAUUGACUUACAACAAUGUGGAUUAACAAACGUCGGAGCAAUUUCUUUGCAGAAUGUUAUGCAGUUCAACACCAACUUGGUAGUGAUUGAUAUUCGUUUGAACCAGCUAGUUGACCCAGGACUGAGAGAUUCUAUUCUUGAACAGGUCACUGCCAACUCAGCUACUGAUGUUUCUCAAGACCUGUAUCCUUGGCUUUCUCUCGUAUCAAUGUCAGUGACAAAACAGCAAGCUAGUGUCAAGUUGUCAAAGAGUGUCCGAUCUGCUAACUCUCGUGUUUCAGCAAAGAGACAUAGUCUUACGUCUUAUCAUUUAACAAAACAGUCAUCGCCACGCAUCACAAAGCCUCAAAGGGGUCUACCGAGGAGAACAGCAGCAAGCUCAAGCAAUUACUGGCACGGUGGCAAUCGGAAGAGCAAUGUAGGUAGAGGUAAUCAUGAAAGUGAUACACCUAGCGAAUUAUCACAACCAUCGUCACCUUCAUUGGGAUCAGUCAGUCAUAAUGGGCAAAAUGGACCUUCAGACAUGCCUAUUCUAUCCACGGUUGUUCAACAAGGAGACAGAGCUGUUGCUCACAUUGAACAGGAUCUACGAAGACUGCAGGUGGAAGUUGAGUCUUGUCAUCGUCUUCUUAGCGAGGAGGCAGAGUGUCGAGCUACAGCUGAAGCAAGAGUAAUUGAGCUUGAAGUGGAAAAUGAAAAACUGAAGGCACAAUUAUGCGGCAGCUUACCUAAUGUAUAUACAGUCAGACCUCAUUAUUCUGACACCCAACAAUUUGACACCUUCACUUUCUGACGAAGAUACGCAUGAAGGCAAUUUACAUGGGUAACUAUAUUGUUACUGAUCCGACAGUCGUGUGAGUCCAACAGAAAUCUGUCUGACAAACGUGGUCAGACAUGAGGUCUGACUGUAUUCUGUAAAUCCACAAGUUUUCGUAUGUAUUUUAUUUUCGUAUUGUUUGUACAAUUCCUAA